AUGGCAGACGACUCAACGAAUGACGAAACAAUUACUAUAACUGAAGAAUUUACAGGUAUAGCGCCGAGUAAUAAUUUUCUCGGUCUGCUCCCACCGCCAUAUUCAAUGUCAGCACUUAAAAGCACCCUUCCUUUGUUUCAAACCUCAUCAUUAGCAUCAUCGUCGUCGGCUCCGUCUUCAUACGCAAGCUCUUAUAUUCCUCAGACUUCAACAUCAUCCACGCCGUCGUUAUAUACAAGUUCUUAUAUUCCACAGUCUUCAACGUCAUCAACAAAUAAUAAUCAUAAUCAUAAUAACAAUCAUAAUAAUAAUAAUAAUAAUAAUAAUAACAAUCAUCUAUUAUAUCCUUAUCGUUCAACUUCGACAUUAUAUAGUGAUUCAAAUAAUAUUGGAAGUAGUAGUUCGAAUUAUCCAAUGUCGUCUUCAACAUAUCGUUCCCAAUCAUUUUCAAUUCCUAAACCAUCAUUAUUUCAGCAAACACGUGAAAAAGAAAAAUUAGAAUUAUCAACAUUAAAUGAUAAAUUUGCUGAUUAUGUUGAAAAAGUUCGAUAUUUAGAAGCUCAAAAUAAAAAAGUUCAAAUGGAAACAAAUAUUCUUACUGAAAAACAAACAGGAAAUUGUCAACGUGUUAAAUCAAUGUUUGAAACAGAAGUUGCACAAUUAAAAGAAGUUAUUGAAAAACUUUUUCAAGAUAAAAAUACAACUUCAUAUAAUGCCAAAGAAGCUCAGAAUGGUAUUUAUCCAUUAAAACAACGUCUUAAUUCAACAUUUAAAGAAUGUGAUUCAUCAAAAUAUGAAACUGAACGAAUUGAACGACAAUUAUCAACAAUUGAUGGUGAUAUUCUUAUGUUUAAACGUCGUCUUGCACAUCAAGAUGAUGAACAUACACAAUGGAAACAAUUAAUAACACAUAUUCAACGUCUUAUAUUACAAGCUAAAAAUGAAACACAGAAUGAAACUAUAACACGUACAACAUGUGAGAAAACAACUCAACAAUUACGUGUUGAUAUUAAUAAAUUACGUGAACAACAACAACAAAAAAUCAAAGAUCUUAGACAAACAACAUUAUUAUUAGCACCUAGUUCAACAAAUGAUCGUGCACAUAUAUUUAAAUCUGAAUUAUCAAGUGCGAUAAGAAAAAUUCGUCAAGAUUUUGAAAGACAAAAUGAUUCACAACGUAAUGAAUUAUAUGGACAAUUUACUCAAGCAUAUGAAGAUAUAGCUCGUGAUUAUCCCGAACUUGGACAUUUAUUUUUAAAUGAACGUGAACAAGAACGUGUUAAACAAGAAGAAGAUCGUGCACGUGUUGAUAUUCAACGUGUUAAAGCAGAUAGUAAUUUAUUAAAACAAAAAACUGGCGAAUUAAAAUUACGUACACGUGAAUUACAAAUUAAUCUUGAAAUGAGUGUAGAAGAAAAUGCACGUUUUGAACAAUUACAACAAAAUGAAAUUGAUCAAUUAAAAGUCAAACAAGAAAGAAUAUCAAAAGAUUAUGAAGAUGUGAUAACAAAACAGACAUCAUUAGAAAAAGAAAUUGAAACAUAUAGAAAUUUAUUAGAAGGAACUAUGAAAUCAGUUGUUGAUACAAUUACUGAUGAAUAUAAUACAAUUACAACUAAUCAAUCAAAUAUGAAUCAACAACAACAACAACAACAACAACAUCAGCAGCAGCAUCAACAGCAACCUCAGCCACAACCACAACCACAACGAAAUGGUAUAUCAGCUCGUGCAGCACGUUCAUCAAGUGCUGAUAGAUAUUCAAUACCGCCUUAUUUUUCUGCAUCACGACUUAAUGGUCAUACAAAUUCAUAUUCCCGUUUUAUGGGUUAUAAACAAAAUGGUAAUGAAACAUCGAAUUCUGUACCAGUUAUUGAUAUUCCAACAACAAUAGCUGAAAAUGGCUUAACAGCAAGUAAAAGUGUUCAUGAAUUAAGUGCUAAAAAUGAUAUAACAUCUUCAACAGAAACCAAUCACGUAACAAAUGGAUCAUCUCCACCAAGUAGUCGUCCACCAACAAUUCUCCAAACUCGUCGAAGCUAA